AUGUCUAGGGAAAGGCAUCGUUCCCGAAGUAAUGCCAAACCAACAGGAACGCCGGAGCCGAAAAGAAAAGAAUCCAAAUCUGUGGAACGAACCAAAGAGAUUUUGAAUGACUCCAACAAAACCCAUCAUCGCUCCAAAUCAAAGUCAAAGGACACGGACUCCAUUAAGCAUAGGAAAACGGACGAAAAGAAAUCUAAGUCCAGCUCAGAAUCAAAGAAAUCAAAGAGCGAAAAGUCGUCAGUAAAAGAAAAACACACUGAAAAGGAGUCGAAAAGGAAAGAGGAAAAGAAAAGGAUUCCGAGUCCGGAACCAGUCGUGCAGUUGGCUGAAACCUAUGAAGACGACUUUGAAGAAUAUGAGGAUGACUUUGAAAGUGACGAUGAAGAUGACGAAAAUGUCAUUCGCCCUCCAGUUGCCAGUAAUGAACGUCCAACUACUACAGUUUCCUCCUCAUCGGCUUCAUCUGAGAAAGCAAACGAGCCAGUACAGCGGAUGCCUUCCGAGCCAUCUCCUCCACCAAAAAAAGAGGCCGAGAAGACUAUGACUCCGAUUCCGCCACUGACAGAGGAAACUCCUUUGUUGAGGAGAUUGGCGACACGACAGGGUGGUCGGGCACCUGAUUCUGUGGUACCUCAGACAAUGGCAUCGAGUGCAAAAGUGGCACGGAUAGCAUCGGCUGAACGACGGAUUGACUUCACUAGUGCCAGUGCUCAGCCCACCAUUGCUCCUGAUACCUUCUCGGAGAUGGAUGAGCGUUAUCGAAAGCUGAGAGAACUUGUC